CGCCGCGCGCGCUUAAAGUCUCGCGAUGCUCGCGGGAGGGGCCGCGACCAACAUGGCGGACGAGGAGGUGGCCAAGUUGGAGAAGCAUCUGAUGCUUCUGCGACAGGAGUACGUGAAGCUGCAGAAGAGGCUGGCCGAGACGGAGAAGAAGUGUCGCCUCCUGGCCGCGCAGGCCCACCAGGAAGGCAGCGGCGACUGCUUCAUCACGCGUUUGCUGAGGAUCGUGGCUGACCUCUACGAGCAGGAGCGGUACAGUGACCUGAAGAUCAAGGUUGGCAAUCAGCUCAUCAACGCUCAUAAGUUUGUGUUGGCUGCACGCAGCGAGAAUUGGAGUCUGACCAGCCUGGCCUCCACUGAAGAACUGGACCUUUCAGAUGCCGACCCCGAGGUGACGAUGGCCUUGCUUCGUUGGGUCUACACCGAUGACUUGGAGCUCAAGGAAGACGACGUCUUCUUGACAGAGCUGAUGAGGCUGGCCAACCGCUUCCAGCUGCAGCUGCUGCGGGAACGGUGUGAGAAAGGCGUGAUGUCCCUAGUAAAUGUGAGGAAUUGUAUCCGUUUCUACCAAACUGCCGAAGAAUUGAAUGCCACCACUUUGAUGAACUAUUGCGCAGAAAUCAUCGCCAGCCACUGGGAUGACCUGAGCAAGGAGGACUUCAGUAGCAUGAGUGCACAGCUGCUGUACCAGAUGAUCCGGUCCAAGACGCAGCACCCACUCCACAAAGCCAUCCGGCUGGAGCGCGAGGACGUCGUCUUCCUCUAUCUCAUUGAGAUGGAUGCCCAGCUGCCCCUGAAGCUGAAUGAGCUGGAUCCCAAUGGAGAUCUCGCUUUAGAUCUCGCCCUCUCUCGAAGACUGGAGAGCAUCGCCACCACGCUGGUGAGCCACAGAGCCGAUGUAGACAUGGCGGACAAGAGUGGCUGGAGCCUGCUGCAUAAAGCCAUCCAAAGAGGAGACAGCUUUGCGGCCACCUUCCUCAUUAAGAACGGCGCCCUGGUGAACGCGGCCACCGUGGGGGCCCAGGAAACGCCACUGCACCUUGUGGCCUCGUCCAGCUGCAGGAAGGGCCCAGCCGACGUCGCGUCGGAGAUGGUGCACAUCACCGAGUCCCUGCUCCAGGCCGGGGCCAACCCCAACAUGCAGGAUGGCAAAGGCAGGACUCCAUUGCAUUUGUCCGUCAUUUCCAGGAAUGACAUCGUAUUCAGUCAGCUGCUGCAGUGUAAACAGUUAGAUUUGGAGCUGAAGGACCACGAGGGGAGCACAGCCCUGUGGCUGGCCGUCCAGUACGUCACGGUGUCCUCAGACCAGGCAGUGAACCCCUUUGAUGAUGCGCCCGUUGUCAACGGGACCUCCUUUGAUGAAAACAGCUACGCGGCCAGGCUGAUUCAGCGAGGCAGCAACACGGAUGCGCCCGACACAGUGACGGGAAGCUGCUUACUCCAGAGGGCAGCUGGGUCGGGCAAUGAGGCUGCAGCCCUCUUCUUGGCAGCCAACGGAGCCAAGGUCAAUCACAGGAACCGGUGGGGAGAAACGCCGCUGCACACGGCCUGCCGGCACGGCCUGCCCACCCUGACGGCCGAGCUCCUGCAACAGGGCGCUAACCCGAACCUACAGACCGAAGAAGCCCUGCCCGCGGGCCCAGGCCUGGGUGAGGGCGUCUACCUGCAGACCCCGCUGCACAUGGCCAUAGCUUACAACCACCCUGAUGUGGUGUCUGUCAUCCUGGAGCAGAAAGCUAAUGCCCUUCAUGCCCUCAAUUCCCUGCAAAUCAUCCCAGACUUCAGUCUCAAGGAUUCCAGGGACCAGACUGUCCUGGGGCUGGCAUUGUGGACAGGGAUGCACACAAUAGCGGCUCAGCUCCUGGGGUCGGGAGCCUCCAUUAAUGACACCAUGCCCGACGGCCAGACGCUGCUGCACAUGGCCAUCCGUCGGCAGGACGACAAGAGCGCGCUCUUCCUCCUAGAGCAUCAGGCGGACAUCAACAUCCGGACCCAGGACGGUGAGACGGCCCUUCAGCUGGCCAUCAAAAACCAGCUUCCCCUGGUGGUAGACGCCAUAUGCACCCGCGGGGCUGACAUGUCCGUGCUGGACGACCAGGGAAACCCUCCGCUGUGGCUCGCCCUAGCUAGCGAUCUGGAAGACAUCGCGUCUACUCUGGUGAGGCAUGGCUGUGACGCCACAUGCUGGGGCCCAGGCCCGGGCGGAUGUCUUCAGACACUCCUGCACAGAGCCAUUGACGAGAACAACGAGUCUGUGUCCUGCUUCCUCAUCCGCAGCGGCUGUGACGUGAACAGUCCGAGACAGCCGGGGGCUAAUGGAGAAGGAGAUGAAGAGGCCAGAGAUGGACAGACCCCCUUGCACCUGGCAGCCUCCUGGGGCCUGGAGGAGACGGUCCAGUGCCUCUUGGAAUUUAGGGCCAAUGUCAAUGUGCAGGAUGCCGAGGGCCGGGCGCCGAUUCAUGUUGCUAUUAGCAACCAGCAGAGUGUCAUCAUCCGGUUGUUGAUUUCCCACCCUGACAUCCGCCUGAACGUCCGCGACCGCCAAGGCCUGACCCCGUUUGCUUGUGCAAUGACUUACAAAAACAACAAGGCAGCCGAGGCCAUCCUAAAGCGAGAGCCCGGAGCUGCCGAGCAGGUAGAUAACAAGGGCCGGAACUUUCUGCACGUGGCGGUCCAGAACUCGGACAUUGAAAGUGUGCUGUUCCUCAUCAGCGUCCAAGCAAAUGUGAAUUCCCGAGUCCAGGAUGCCUCGAAGCUGACUCCCCUCCACUUGGCGGUCCAGGCGGGGUCUGAGAUCAUCGUCCGCAAUCUGCUUCUUGCAGGUGCCAAGGUGAAUGAAUUAACCAAGCACCGCCAGACUGCCCUCCACCUGGCUGCCCAGCAAGACCUGCCCACCAUCUGCUCUGUGCUCCUGGAGAACGGGGUCGACUUCUCUGCUGUGGAUGAAAACGGAAAUAACGCUCUCCAUCUUGCGGUCAUGCAUGGUCGGCUGAGUACCAUCCGGGCCCUCCUGACUGAGUGCAGUGUGGAUGCGGAGGCCUUUAAUCUGAGGGGCCAGUCACCGCUACACAUUCUGGGCCACUAUGGCAAGGAGAACGCAGCCGCCAUCUUUGAGCUCUUCCUGGAGUGCAUGCCCGAGUACCCUCUGGACAAACCUGACGCCGAAGGGAACACAGUGCUGCUCUUGGCCUACAUGAAGGGCAAUGCCAACUUGUGCCGCGCCAUUGUGCGUGCUGGGGCUCGCCUGGGCGCUCACAAUAACCAGGGGAUCAACAUCUUCAACUACCAGGUGGCCACGAAGCAGCUCCUGUUCAGGCUCCUCGACAUGCUCUCCAAGGAACCUCCAUGGUGUGAUGGCUCCAACUGUUACGAGUGCAUGGCCAAGUUUGGGGUCACGACGCGGAAGCAUCACUGCCGGCACUGCGGACGCCUCCUUUGCCACAAAUGCUCCACCAAGGAGAUCCCCAUCAUCAAGUUUGAUCUGAACAAACCCGUCAGAGUCUGCAACAUUUGCUUCGAUGUUCUGACCCUGGGGGGAGUCUCCUAGGGAGCCGGGGGCUGCCCUGGCUCCGUUCUCCUCGGCCCCAGCAGCCACCCAGCUCGCCAGCCCCGCAGCCAGGGAGAGGGAAGGUGGUGGCGACAGCCUUUGUCUCCCUCCUGCAACAGACUGAAACCAAUUAAGGACCCCCUAGUGAUUUACUCCAUUACCAAUGAUUUCUGUGAUUGGACCGGACCACUGGAAAUGAGGUGGUGAGUGUGGCUGCGCCAGGCCCCCCCGGGAGAGCCUGGUGUUGAGGCCCGCAGCUGGGGAGGGGACACGCCUGCUCGGCUGAGCUAGCUGCUGCCGUGUUGGGCUUUUGAGGCUUCUUCCCACUGGGAAGCCUGCGCAUGGGCACUUUGUAAACAGGGUUCAGAAGGAUUACCAGGAAACAGUGGCCUUAACCACAGAAAGCUUGACCGGGGGCGUCCCUGCUCUCCCACGGGCUGCCCAGGCCGCCGUGUUGAGGUGCAGGGCUGCUCCCCCGGAGGUGCCCCUGCCCCAAGGGCAGCCUGCACACCUCAGGGACACCGAGCGGGAGCCGUGCACUUGUGCCGGUGACGCUGGGGGGCUAGCUCUGUAUCCCAGCCACACAGAGAACCUGGAACGCACAACGCCCCCAUCUGUGCUCAGAAGAAAAGUGUGCGUGUUUAACCCACAUGGGGAAGUUCAUUUGGAACACAGGCUUCAUUUAUGCGGCUCGAAUGUCCAGGAAAAGACAGGCCUGGGCCUUACUGGGAGGUCCUGUCCUCGCCUGGGCCUUCCUCAGUCGAGAGAGGGGCUGCCCCCUUUCCUGGGCCUCACCUCACCUCACCUCACCAGUGCAGUCCUGAAGGCCAAAGGAGGUUUGUGGUGACCCCGGCUGACAAGGAACAGUGAGGAGAGGAGGGUUAGAGGGCGUCACACCUCCAUCACGGCAAAGGAAGGCUCACCUCUCCUCGGCCUCGUUAGCCUCUCUGCCGAGCGCGGUCCCUCCACAGUCGCCCUUCGCAGGCUGGGUGGCCCCCCAGGAUGCUUCCGGAGCCAUGGCACGUGUGCAGCCUGUAGACAGAUGCGCACAUGCAUGCACACACACAUGUACGCACAUCUAUACAUAUUUAUACAGUAUGUAGAAUGGAGUCAGAAAUAAGUGGUACUAUUUUCUGUUUCUGUGAUCUGGAAAGUAUGUACAUAUCACACACAUGCGUUAUGUUUGAAGCGAGAAUUUGGAUGUGUCUGCUGUGUUUAAAAGACAAAAGUUCAUUUAGGGGCCAUGCUUACUCAGUGCCGUCACAUUCUGUGUGGAAUUUGCUGGAAAGAACCUCGCCCCCUUUGAUGAGGAGCCAGGAAUGCCUGUGUGCCACCUACAUGCGUGCAUGCACACACACGCAUCCACAUACACGUGCACACACGUGCACACGCAUACAUGCACAUACAAUGUGCACACACGUGUGCACACGCACACACGCACCCCUUUGCAGCCACUGGCUAGCUUCCACAUUGGAGGACCUUUGCUCUUUGGGGCAUCACAAGAAACCAUUUGCUAGAGCUUAAUUAGGUGAGAUUUAAUUCUUUUAUCCAAAUAACUCUAAUUAUGUUACAGGAGGGGCUUGGCCUUCUCUUCUGCUUCUCUUAUCGCUUCCUACGUCGUUGUUCACACUUAAGUCUGAAUCACGUGUUGAAAUGUUCCAGGAACACACCCAACAUGUUUGUGGGGUCCCUGUAUCGAGUCAGGGUCAGUUUCUACCGGGUGGACUCGAGGACCCCUCCCCCACAGCUCAUGUUCUGUGCUCGGGCCUCUUGGGGUGGCAUUCCUCUCCGCGCAGCCCCUCCCAGAUGGCGCCAGCCUGCCCUCGUGCCAGUCCCGCCGACACGCUCGUGGGUGUCUGCGGUCGGGGGCUGCACAGCUUCCGGGCUGUUCUAAGAAGUGCAUCAGACCCGCUCGGGCAGUAUCUGCAGGGAGCUGUGGGGCACUCAGAUCCUCCUCAGAUUCUCCCGUUGGGAAGUCCAGAGUCCUGGAGCAAGGGAAGAGUGAGCCGGGCCCAGCCCCAGUCACUGCGGGCCACCUGCGAGCCAGGCAUAUUGCAGCCUGUUGGGGGGGACCCCAAGCUGACCCUGCCUCAAGAUCAGUGUCCCCGAGGUGGGGAUCCGUGUGUGUAUGGGACACAGGAGCGGUUUUUCACCCAGACACUCCUUUCUCCCCAGGAUUCGGACCCAUAUGGUCGUGACUUCAGUCCCCCACCCCGAAGCUUGAGUCAUGGAAUGGCAGUCUACCCUUUUCACGUGCGUUCUGUCCCAAGCACAGCCCCCUCCUGGUUCACUCACAGCGUCACCAGGGGCAGAUCCAGCCUCUGGCUACUGGCUCCUUGUCCGUGAGCUGGCCACAAGUCCAGUGUCAACCCCGAAAUUGGCUCCCUCGGCCUGAAUGGCAGUUAGUAAUAAGGACAGCAGACAGUCUCAGCAGAAAGGCCUGGGAGUGAGGGGGUCCCAGAAGGCAGGCGUCUGCAGGGCUUGGCUAAGACCCUCGGUCCCUCCAAAGCACAAAACACCUAGAGGAGAGGAAGGCGGGGGCUGACUCCCAAGGCCUCAUUUUCCUUUUCUUGUGUGGAGUGGGACAGAGCCGUCCCAGAAAUGGACUGACCAGGUCCUGCUGUUCCCAGAGCUCACUGACCAUUACCAUUCUAAAUGCCUUAAAGACUGCAGAUUCAUGCCUCUACGGUUUCAUUUCCAUGUGCAUAAAUGGUACCUCAGCCUGAUGCUUUGUAGCUGAUGCUGGCCGGCUCUCAGUGGGAAAGCCCCGGGCAAUGCUGUGUGUCCCUCUGGGUCUGGGGUCUGGGGUCAUGGGGUCCUAGGGUGGGAGUGCUGUGCAGAAGAGAUUCUGAGGACCACCAGGAGGCGGGCACGUGCGGCCAAGGUCACCUUGGAGUCUGGAAUAGAAUGUAUUUUUCCAUUAAUUUGCAUUAAUGAUUCCUUGUAAUAAUACUAGAAUGCAUCAACCAUGUACAUUAAAAUGAAAACCUUUGGUAA